AUGGUCCUUCAGUAUGCAGAAGGGUUAGAGCAGAAAGUGGACUUACGAAGGGUAAAUUUGGACGCUCUCAAGCCAUGGAUAGCUGACAAAGUCUCAAGGCUGCUCAACUCUGAAGACUCUGUCAAGGUACCUCCCGAUGUUGCUAUAGACUAUUGCUACAAACAACUUAGCUCGAAAGGGAUUCUCCCAAAUGGGAGGCAGAUGCAGGAUUCAAUAUCAACAUUAAUACAGGGAAAACCCGCAAGACUGUAUAUGGCGGAGCUGUGGCCACUACUUGUCUCCGCCCAAAACAGUCCUAUGGGUAUUCCGAUGGCCAUGAUUGAGGCUAAAAAGCGUGAAAUCUUAGCCCGGGAAGGGAAAAAAUCUAAAAUUGACAAAAUCGGUAAAAAGAUCGACUCGGCGGUAAAUGACUUGAACGACAAAGCUGUCGAGGAAGGAAUGCGUAAGUACAACGUUAAUUCCGGGAAUCGGGUUUCUAAGAUCCGCGACGCCAGUCGGGAUAGAAGUAGAUCUAAUUCAAAACGAAAGCGCAGUAGAACGCGCUCUCGUUCAAAAGAGUCAAAAAAGAGAUCCAGCUCACGUCGACGCUCCAAGUCGAAGUCGAGGUCGAAAUCGAAGAAAAGAUCAAAGUCAGAAGAAAAGAAGCGUUUGAAGAAGAAGAAAGAGGCGAAGAAAAAGAAAAAGAUUGCAUCGAAGAAAAAGAAGGCGAAAUUAGAGAAGAAGAGAAAGAAAAGAAAGAAAGAAGAGUCAUCAUCUUCGUCGUCGUCUUCCAGCAGUUCUUCUUCUGAGAGUUCGUCUUCGUCCGACUCCGAUUCUGAGUCCGAAGAAGAGAAGAAGAAGAAAAAGAAGAAGCAACGAAAGAAGAAGCUGUCGAAGAAAAAAUCGUCCAAGAAAAAGUCAAAGAAGAAAAACGACAGCGACUCGUCCGACUCUUCUGAUGAAGAUUCUCAGGUUGAACAAGACGGAGACGUGCCGCCAGAAGCUGAAAAACCAAAGUCUUUGAGCGAGCUGGAGAAAAAACUUCGCGAACGAGCUAUAAGCUCCAUGCGCAAAAAGAGCGCAUAA